CGGGAUGUGGCUCGUUCUCUUCAGGAUUUGGUUGAAAAUUAGAUACUCGAUUCUGAUUGGUCCAAAUUCCAUCGGUGACAUAACAGUCAUUUAUCAAAAAAAUUAACCGAAUCCAGUCGCGAAAAUUCGCUUUAAAAGAUACUUUCGGAUUUCAACGUUCAGAUUCGCCGAAUGGUGGUUUUGGCAAAAGAGUUGAACAGUUGAACACAGUUCAGCAAUCGUAACCUAAUUUGCUAAAACUCGCUUAAAAGUGCUAACCCGGACAUUCAUCAUUCAUUAUCGGGCAAAAAAUAGAUUGAAAUGUGAAAAAAGUUACCUCUUGGUAGCGGUAAAAAAACUUGGUAAAGCAUGCCUGAUAUGCAGCCAAACAAACAGACUUUUCCAGCAAGUUCCACAUACUCCAGGUGACAUCCCCCCGCCCACCCCCGAAAGAGGCUACCAAUGCGUGAACUGCCUCGGCAAAUGCUUGAAGUGGAUGUUUAAACCGAAACCAAAUCCGACAAAUCCAUCGAGACCAACAGAUCCAGGGAAGCCAAUACCGCCCACACAAACACGCGAGUCGUCUACACCAAUACAGCCGACACAGACAUGCGAGUUACCCAAGUCAAUGCGGCCAACGCCGGCAUGCGAGCCAUGCGAGCCAUGCCAACACACACAGGCAGCACAGUCAUGCGAACCAUGCAAGCCAAUACAGCCAUGUGAGCCAUGCGAGCCAUGCCAACCCACGCAGGCAGAACAAUCAUGUGAGCCAUGCAAGCCAAUACAACCAAUACAGAUAUACUCGUACAACCAGAUGCAGCCAUGUAUUCCAGUGCAACCAAUCCAACCGAUACAGCCUGGACAGCCGAUACAGCCUUCACAGCCGAUUCAGCCUGCACAGCCGAUACAGCCUUCACAGCCGACGCAGCCUGCACAGCCGAUACAGCCGUCACAACUGACGCAGCCUUCACAGCCGAUAAAGCCAUCCAAACCCUCAAAGCCAAAUAAAGUAUGGCCGGCAAUAAUCGAGGAAUUACCCGAUGAUAACGAACACGUAGGGCACAAAGAUGAAGGCGUUUAUGCAAGAGCCAAGGGGGUACACAACAACAGUGGAGAUCAACCCCCAACGACCAAAUUGACCGAUUCCGAGGAGUUGAUGCAUCGCAUUCUCGCUCUUCGGAGGAAUGCCAAUCAUAUUAAUGAUACUACCCCAUCGGUGACAACCGAGAAGGGGUUACAAGGGCUCACGUCUGCCCUCCGCAAGGACAACACUCCUCCAAAAAUGUCUCCAUCGGUUGGUAACGAAACGAUUAACGAUGAGCGGUCCGCUAACCCUACAACGGAGCCCAUCACAUCCAAAUCCAAAGAUGACGUCUAUUUUUUUGUAGAUCCAAAUCUUCUCGCAUUCAGGGAUGAUGAUGAUCUCACAAUGGACUUCGACCCCGAUGUUGAGGCGAAGUUCAAGACGAAAACAGAGCUGCGGGCUUAUGGACUUGUACAAUGUACCAUCAAAUGUGUCUUCCGGAACUGUUUGAGCUUCGUUUGAGGUGCCGCUGAAGGAAGGACUGGAAUCGUGAACGAGAAGUCUCUAAAAUCAAGCAGUCAACAUGAGUGAAACGUCAGUGUGCUAUUCUGCCGUGAAAAAGAAGAACGCCGUAUGAACCGUUGGUUGUUGCCAAAUUUCAUUCGUUGAAAACCGAAUUUACUGGGAAAAUUGUGAAUAAUCCUUUCCAACAUUUUU